GUCCUGCCAAUACUCGUUUUCUCACUCCUGAAGAACGUCUUUACACCAUUGAUCGUCUAAAACCAGAAGGUGGUGUUGACGAAGAAGAUCGUAGUUUCAUUAAAUCUCAAACUAUAUGCGCGUUUCUUGAUCCCAGAGUUUACGCUUAUAUAUUUGCUACAACUUUGGGUGCAAUUCCAUUUAAUGCCCUUAAUUAUUUCCUUCCAACUUUAGUAGGCCAACUUGGUUUUAAUCCUGUGGACACUCAAUUAAUGAGCGUACCACCAUUCGUAAUAGCAACUGUUGUAAUGCUGAUAAUGUCUUGGUUAGCUGAUAAAUAUCAAGCCAGAGCUGUACCUAUUAUGGUUGCCGAUAUCAUUGGCAUCACAGGAUGUGCAGGAAUGGUAGCAACAUCUGCUAUUGAUCCAAGUUUAUACAAAUUACCUUUUGGGAUGAAAUUUCAUUUGGAAUAUGAGAAUAAAAGACGUGAUUUGGCCAUAUUAUCCAAUAAUAAGGUUCAAUUAAGUGAAAGUGAAAUAAAAGAUACUAAGUUUAUUAGAGAAAAGGCUGCAAAAUUAGUGGAACAUGAACCGAGAUUCGACGAUAUUUUGUGCGAUUCACAUCCUAAUUGGAG